AUGGCUACGAAGCAUUUCAUUAAUGACGGGACGACCCUUGUCCAAGAUGCUUUGCAUGGAUUGGCUCUAUCAAGCCCAUUGUUGCCUUAUGAUGAAGAAGUCAAAGGUGAUGUGUUGCACGUCCAUCUAGCUGCUGAAAAGGCCCGGCUUGCUGGCUUUGACACUGCCGUACUGGUCGUCGGUGAUGAUGUGGCAGUCGGCCGACGCAAGAGUGGCAAGGUUGGAAGACGGGGUCUUGCAGGUACAGUACUUGUUGGGAAGGUCCUUGGAGCUCUUGCCAAGCAAGGGAAGAUGAAUCUUAAGGAGCUGUACCAAGCUGGCGAAGAUGUGGUCAACAACCUGGCCACUAUUGAGAAUGUGGAUCAGGUUGAAGUCGGCAUGGGUAUCCAUAAUGAGCCAGGAUGCCAUGUGAUCAAGCCACAGCCAGCCACUUGGGAACUAGUAAACCAGAUGCUCGACAAACUCUUGGAUGCCAGCGACUCAGACCGGGCCUACGUAUCAAUCUCCAAUGAUGAGGACAUAUGCCUGAUGGUGAAGAAUCUGGGAGGAGCAUCGAACAUCGAGUUUUCAGCCAUCACAAAAAUCGUGGUUCAACAACUUGAGCUUCGAGACUACAAGCCUGUGGGGAUUUUCUCUGGCAGCUUCAUGACUAGUCUGGAUGGAAAGGCGUUCAGCAUCACGCUUUUAAAGGCUAGCUCUCAGAUACUCAAAGCCUUAGAUGCUCCCGCCUCAGCUCCAGGUUGGAAAGUCAUGCUGAGGCUUCCAGAAGAUCAUUUUCAAACACAGAAUCGAUUGCAGGUGAAUCUUGAUACCAGCAAAGCAGAAAUGUCAACCAGGUUAACAUCUCAACUGAAAGUGAAUGAGAAAGACUUGACAGCAUCCCUUAAGCGUGCUUGUGACGGUCUAAUUACAGCCAAAACGGAAAUCGAUCGACUCGACUCGGCAAUGGGAGAUAGUGAUUGUGGCUCUACCCUUGCAAGAACCGCUCGUGCAAUUCUCCAAGAAAUAGUCAACAAUGAUCAGUUGCCAGAAGAGCAUAUUGUCGAGCGUGCAGAAUGGAUUGAAGCUUCUGUCAAUGCCCUUAAUGCUGUGCGCCAAGCCACACCAGCCCGUGUAGGUGACCGCACUAUGAUGGACGCUUUGGAACCGUUCAUAUCAUCUCUGCAAAACGGUAGAUCGGUAGCUCUAGCCAUCGAUGCGGCCCGUAAGGGGCGUGUCAACACAAAGGGGAUGUCUGCAUCUCUUGGACGCGCUGUCUAUGUACCCGAGGCAGAGUGGUUCAAGGUUCCCGAUCCUGGGGCAAUGGGUCUGGUGUGCCUUUUGGAAGGCUUGCUGGGUCUUUGA